UGUAUUUGCAUACAUAUGUAUUUGUUUUUUUAUUCAUUUGUUUUCGUUUGCAAAUUCUUCAUAAUGACAGUCAACUCAUUUAAAAAAAAUACAACAAAAAAGUGAUAACAACAAGGAAACUGGCGAAAAAAAUCUACAACAAUGUUUAAGGUGCCCAUAAUACCGCCUGAUUUACGUCACGAAGAAACUAUUACCCAAGCAGCCUACGCCCUUGAUUGUCUACAAAAUACAAUAGCAACCAUUUUUGGACGUAUCGAUCAACGUUUGGAAACAAAUAAUAUCAAAGUAAAAGAACUACAGGAGCGUAUAAAGAAAUCUCAGAAUAAAAUUAACAGUUUACAGGGCACACGCAAGGCUAUACAUAUCUAUGCACCGGCCAGAUUUCCGGCCACAAACAUCUACAAAGAUCUGCCAGUAACUUUUAAACAAGAAGAGAUAUUAUGUACAAAUUCUGCCCCAAAAUAUCAAAUUGAAAGUAAAUUGGAUACAAAUUUACCCAGUCUUAAUGAGAAACUUAUAUUCUUUCAUGUACGGGAUCAAAAUAGUCUAAAGCCAGUCACGGAUAAUAGUUUAGCCCGGGAACGUGUUAAAAUCAAACAAAAUCAAGAUUUGGGAAAUAUGCCCUCGGAUUUAAGGUCUAUACCCUCGGUUUUACUUUUUAAUACUGACUAUAGUGUUUACGACUUGGAGGACGGUGAUAAUGAGACGGAUGCUUGGAAACGUGCUAAACACUUUAAAAACAAACGCCUACACUCGGGCAGUAAUCACCCCAUGACAAGUAAACAAAUCUUAGAACCGGCUCCACAUUCUUUAGUUAAUCGUAGAAAUGAAAAAUUAACUCCCUCGGGUGGUUUGAAAUAUACACCAAAACUAAGCGAAGCUCCGGAAUUAGAUUUGCCCUUGGAUUUACCCGACUUACCAGGUAUAGCUGAUGAUUUGCGCUAUGAAAGCCAAGAAGCUAAACAAAAAAUUGCUCCCUCUUUGGCUUUGGUGGUGGAAAAUUUACCUGAACUCACUGAACUAAUGAGUGAUAAUGAUAAAAAGGCGAACAUUCCAUUGGAGCAAAACAACAAUAAUGCUAACACUGCGCCACCUCCACCACCGCCACCUUUGACUGCCAAACAAUUAACAGCUCCAGCACCACCGCCGCCACCUCCUCCACCACCAGUAUUACCAACAACUCCCAAUACAACAAAUAAACCAAAAACUCCCAGUACUUCUGAUACACGUUCAGAACUAAUGGCCGCCAUACGCAAUGCUGGUGGUGUUGGCAAAGCCGCUCUACGUCAUACUGCUGCUGCUGCCCCCUUAGCGACCAACGAUAAUGAUGUUGUUGAUAACACGCGUCCCCCUAAAGAGGCUAAUUCCUCUCGCAACCCUCAAGCAGGCGGUGGUGAUCUAAUGGCCGAUUUACACAAUAAACUAUUAAUGCGUCGUAAAGGUAUUUCCGGUUCUAAAGAUAAUAAUGACAGCUCUACAAUGAAAAAUGCUAAUAAUACAAUACCCACAAAUACACCUAGCGGCAAUCCGGUUAUAUCACGUCUUUCAGCAUUGAUACCACCUCCUGCCAAAGGUAAACCGCAAACUAGUAAUACUGCCACUACCUCAGAUGAGGAUGAUUCAAAUGAUACCGAUUGGGUUGAUUAAAAUAAUGUUAUAUGCUUUCCAGUUAAGAGAUUACUUCUAGUUGCAUUCUAUAAUGGAAAUGUGCCUUGUUAAAUGACCCAUUUGAAUGGAAAUUAACCUCGAAAUUGUUAAUACAUAGUUAUUUAGAGUAAAUAAAUUGAUUUUUUUAAAAGCA